AUGACAGAAUAUGAUGAAGAAAAAAAAUACGAUAUCACGGAAUUUUUAAAAAAGGAUUAUAAAGAAUGGUCAAAUACUUCGGAAAGUUAUAUUACAAAUCCAAGAUUAAAAACUUUGCCUCAAGCUCACGGAAAAGAAAUAUAUAAGAUUAUGGACGAUUUAAAAGCUGCAUUACCGAACAUAAGUCCCAGAGAAUUAAGAAGAUUUUAUACUCCGUUUCACGAGGCAAUUCUUUGCGAACUUGAAGAAGAAGGAUAUCAUAUAGCAUAUAAUUAUAUGAAAGAAAUUUUAGAUCUUGAUGAAAAAAUUGUAGAAAAGACAGUAUUGAUAUCGUGGAAAAAACCAUAUUUGAAGGAUCAAAAAGAAUUUAUACUUUUCUUGAAAGACGGAUUAAUCCAAACUGAAAAAUGUAGAAGGGAAGAUGAUUACAUUGGACGAGCGAUAUCACUUUUAGAUAUGGCCCUAUUUUUUCAAACAAAAACAUGGGAAUGGUGGUGGGUAACAGAACAACUAUAUCAAGCUGCUCUUUCAGCUGCAGAAUGGAUAGUCGAUGAUGAUAAUGAAACAAUUACAUUGAUACGUUAUUUAUAUGGUCGAUUUCUCUUUUACGAAUUAGAAAAACCAAAAGAAGCUAUAACUUACUUAGAAAAGGCGCGAAAAGAUUCAAAAGAUAAAUAUUGGAAUGCGUCAUAUAAACUGCAAAUAAAGCAAUAUUCCAUCUUCGUAGAAUGUAACAUACUUCUAUACAAAGGUCUGUUGAUUUUAGUUCGCAAGAUACGUCCUGAAAAUCCUGAACGCGCUUUAUCGUUUUGCAUAAAAGCUGAAGAAAGAGCUUUAGAUGCUCAAAACACUGAAUAUAUGAACGAAGUUCUUUACGAGCUUGGUAAAUGUUAUGCUGCUGUAAAUGACAUGAAAAAUGCGUUGCAUAAUUUUUCAAAAUUAUUGGCCCUUGCAAGAAGAAUUUCAGAUGCCGAAGGUGUUUGCAAUGCGCACAUGCAAUUAGCUUUUACGUAUAAGCAAUUAAAUGACGAUAAUUAUACGGAAAAACAUUUGCAAAAAUGGCGAGAAAGCGCUGAGGAUUUUGGUCUUAUUGAAAAACUCGCCGAUGCACAUUAUUACACUGGUGAACACUUUUUAAAUCAGAGAAAGUUACAUCUAUCUACUGGUCAUUUAGAAACUGCUUUUAGCUUGUACAGUAGAUUAGGCCUGUUUCACGAAGCUGAUCGCGCAAGAUGCAUAGCAGGAAUUUCUAAAGGGCAAGAAAAAAUCGAGAAAUAUAUCGAUUUGUUAUUACGAUGUGGUGAAUAUGAUCAAAACGCAACAUUGGACCUUUGUCAAUGGAAAAGUCACAGAAAACCUUUCUGGAUUGAAGAAGAAAAAAUAAUCGAUGUAAAGUCAGAUUUGGAAAUUGAAUAUGAAAACGCGGAUACAAUUUCAUCUUCACUAUCUUUUACAAAAGCUUAAAAAUUUAUAUGUAACAAUAAUGCCAAAUAAAAUUUCUAAUUAUAGAUUCAUGUUGUACUUAUC